GUUCUGGGGGUAGGACUAAGCCGGGAGCAGAUCUGGAGAGGAACUAGGGAUGGGACUGAGGGCAGGGCCUGAGCGGCCGAGCUAAAGUUUAGGCCUGAGAUACGGGGGAGGUGCUAAGGUUAAAGUGGAACAAAGAGGGAGGGGCCCGGAAGGAGCUAGGAGGCCCCGGAUGAAGAGCGCCGCAGAAGCUCAGACUUGGGCUAAGACAACGCAGCCUAGAGCAGAGGGAGAGGGGAGACGGGGCAAGCAUGAGGCGGAGUUAAGGGCUGGACUGGGGCGAAGCUGAGAUUGGGGUUUACAGUGACCUCGGCCAAGCUGAGGUUCAGGGUUGGACUUCUGCGUGGAAGAGUCUUGUAGAGACGAAGAACUAGACUGAGAGAUAUGUGGGUCAGGACGACACUGAGGAUUGAAAGGUGGACUAAGGAAAAAACUGAGGACGAUACCAGCUCUUGGGACGAGAGCAGCACCGAUAUAAACAGGUUGCCCAGCUGGGGGAGAGGACACCUGCUGGCUAGUGUGGCGUCCAGCACAGAUGCUUCUACUUUAUCCUCUGAAGGUGAAUUUAAGAGCACUGACAGGUGCUGCUGGAAACACAAGAAGUGUGCCGGGCACAUCAUCCGCCCCUUCUCCUCCGACUGUGUCCACCACGACGUGCACCUGCACUCUCUCAGCCACUGUGACUGUGACUCGAGGCUGAAGGACUGCUCAGAGAAGACGAAUAGCAGCUCUGGAGAUGUGGGCCCAACCUGCUCCCGAGACGUGGACUCAACCUGUUUUGACAUCAUCCAGUCCCCAUGCUUUGAGCUCAUCCCAGAGGAAGAGUGUGUGGAGCGGUUCUGGUACGGCUGGUGCAAGAGCUACAGGCCUGUCUCCGUGGCAGUGAUCCACCACCCCAUCCACCAUGAGUGUGGGGCAGAUGACCUAAACCAAGAAGAGGAGGAGGAGGAGGAGGAGGAGGAAAGCAAGGCUCCCAUCCCAACCCAGGUGGGACCCACCCCCACUGACACCCCCACUGACACAGGCGUGAGCAUGAUCACGGGUGCCCCUGACUCAGCAGCUCCCAUCACCAUCUGGCGUUCUGAAAGCCCCUCUGGGAAGUCCCAGGGCAACAGGGUGAUCAAGAAGAUAAAGAAAAAAAAAGAGAAAGACAAGGAGGAGGAGACGGACGAAAAGGAAAAAGCAAAGGUGAAGAAAAAAGUCAAGAAGGGCAAGUUGACGAAGAAGAAAAGCCCAGUUAAAUCAGAAUCACCUCCAGACUUAAGCCGAUCAUUAAGCCCAAGAGAGUUGGCCAGGAUGUCAGAGUCCAGCCCAGACAGCCGGCAGGAUCUGGAGAGUGAGGACAGUUACAAUGACCCUGGGCGGGAGGAACCCUCCAGCGAGGAUAUUGCGGAGUCUUCAUCACCCAGGAAGAAAGAGAAGAACGGGGUCCAGGUCAAGAAGCCCGGCUUGAAGACCUCACCAGUCAAGAAGAUCAACAAGAGGAGAUCUCCCCCAGCAUCAAACCCCAAUCUCAGUUGAGGCGACCAGGGUGAAGAAUAAAUGCGAUCAAGCCUGUAGCUGACCCCCUGCUUCUCUCUCCCUCCAACCUGGCUACUUGUGGGGGCAGGGGGCGGGCUCUGGGCAUGGCUGGACCAAGGGCUAAGGGGCUGCGGGAGUUUCUGAAGGGUGGUCCGUCUUUCAAGAGGUCCGAGAAGGCAGGUGGGUUGGCAGGGAAGGGGCAGAGCCUGUUUCUCUGUAACAUCCUAGGUCCAGGCACAAGUGGGUGGGAAGGCGACUUCCUGUCGACCAGGAGACAGGUCUGUGUGAAAUUGACCUGGUGACGGGCAGUACUGUGUGCAGUGAUACCCCUAAUAAAUUGAACCUUUUAACCCACUCUGU